AUGGGGAAAGGAGGUAGUAGUGCGAAGGCAAACAAGAGUGGAACAAAGCAUCCUACCUAUGUGGGUGUGAGAAAGAGAAAGUGGGGGUUGUGGGCGUCAGAAAUCAGACAGCCGGGGAAGGAGAAGAGGAUAUGGUUGGGCUCAUUCCCCACAUCAGAGAUGGCAGCUCGUGCACAUGAUACAGCUGCACUUGCCUUGAGAGGGGAAUCCGCCAAUUUAAAUUUCCCUGACUUAAUUCAUUCGCUUCCUUGCCCUGCAACUUCCUCUGCAAGAGACAUCCAAGCGGCUGCAGUCGAAGCUGCUGCAGUAACUGUGAAAGAAAACAAUGUAAUGACGGAUUCAUGGCUGGAUUGGCCCAACUUGCUAAUGAACAUUACAGAUGGAGUGCUGAUCGGAUCUUCUUUCGUCUUUGGUAACCCCGUGACUGGAGAAGAAGAUCGAGAUGAUCAGUUUACAUCUCUUUGGGAUUUCAGUUAG